ACCGGGAAGGUAGUAGUAUAUAGUAGCACGGUUGGAAAAGUGAAAAGAAUAGCGCAGGCGUUGGAUUGCAGCGCGUAUUACUAUAACGCAGUAGGUAAAGCAAGUAUAUUAAGCAAGUUUAUAGACGGCAAGCAACGGGUAAUUAUAGUAAUAAGCGCGUUGGGUAUAGAGGUAGAUAUACCGGAUAUUCGGUGUAUUAUAUAUAUAGAUCGGCCGCGAAUAUUAUUAGAUUACGCACAGGAGAGUAGCAGGGCGGGGCAGGAUAGAUUGCGGAGCAAGGCAAUUAUAGUUAAAAAAGGGGGUAAAAGGAGAAGUAAAAGAAAUAGGCAGAUAGAAGAAGAGCGGCGGUUAGUAGGGUUAUAUAUAGAAGGGGAGGGUAAGGUAGAAAAAUAUAGAAGGAUUAUAUUAGACAGGUAUUUAGACGGGUAA